AAAUCAAGCGAAUUGAGAAUUCCAAUUCAGAUUGAGAGCAAAGCGAAGCGUUUGGACUUUUGGCAACGUUUUUUCAUUUUUGUUUGGUGGCCUUUCGUGAGAUUGUGGUUGAACGCAUUUGAAGCAGGUGUUGAAGUGUUUGACGAUCGACGAUUGACAAUGAUUUGCCCGAAACGCACGUCGGAGCUGCUGGAUCUGCAUCUGGCGCCGUUCAAGGACAAGGAUCCCGCCUGGGAGGUGGGCGUCUCAAAGAUCGCCGGCCGUGGCGUGAUGGCCACGCGCAACCUGAAGCGCGGCGAGAUCAUCUUCCAGGAUAGCCCGCUCCUGAUCGGCCUGGCUGCCCACGAGGAGGACACGCUGAACGCGUGCAGCGUCUGCUUCAAGAUGCUGCCCGACACGCGCUUCAUGUGCCGCCAGGGCUGCGGCCUGCCCGUCUGCAGUCUGUGCGCCAAAAAGAAGCAGCACAAGACCGAUUGCGAUAUGUUCAAAGCGUGGGGCUCCAACGAGCCGGACGUGGCCAAUUCAGUGAUCAUACGCCUGCUGUGCGUGGCGCGCGCCAUCAAUUUGAGCAAAGAUCAGCGCGAUCUGAUCUACUGCCUGCAGGCGAAUCUGGACAACAAUCAUCGCACCGAGGUGCGCAAUGCGGCCAAGUGCUUCAAGAACUUCCCCACCGACAAGAAGAUCGUGGAGAUCAUGAACCGCACCGUGGCCGUGCUAAGGACGAACGGCUUCGACAAGACAACAGAUCGCACCACCGACAACCAGGAGUUCAACUAUCGCGCCCUCUAUCCGCUGUUCGCUGUCAUGAAUCACGAUUGCAUUCCCAACUCGUAUUACACCUUCGAGGAGAAGACCAACAAUAUGAUCGUGCGUGCCGCUGUCGACAUUGCCGAGGGCGAGGAGAUAACCACCACCUAUACGAAACUCUUCACGGGCAACAUAGCGCGACAUCUGUUCCUCAAGAUGAAGAAGGGCUUCACGUGCAAGUGCCCACGUUGCUUGGACCCAACGGAGAAGGGCUCGUUCAUAUCGGGGCUCUACUGUCGCGAUACCAACUGCAGCGGACUGGUGGUGCCGGAGAUCACUGGGCUGCCGCAUCCCAAUUGGAAUUGUCUGGUGUGCAAGCAGAAGUCGACGCAUGCGCAGAUGAUGAAGUCGCAGGACUUCGCCAGUGGCGCCAUCAAUGCCAAGGUCAAUUCGAAUUCGCUGCGCACCCUGGUCCACUAUCUGAACGAGAAGAGUGACAGCUUUAUACCGAGCAGCAACUAUGUGGUGAUCGAUGCCAAGCUGUCGGUAUUGGCGCGCCUGGCGCAGGGGCGCGAGGACUGCAACGAGGAGCUGGUGUCGAGCACGCGCCUGCGCUACUGUCGCGACAUCACACAGAUCAUGGACAAGCUCGGCCUGGGCGAUUCGGUGCUGCGCACCCAGCUGGAGCAGCAGCUGCACAAGGAGGAGGAGCGACGCGCCAAGAAACAGAAGGAGCUGGCCGAAAAGCAGCGCCAGCUGGCCGAGCUGGAGCAGAAGGCGGCCGAGGCGGACAAGCUGCUAGCCACGCUAGCCGUGGCCGACGAAUCCGCUGCAGGCGCAGGAGACGGGGCAGCGGCACCACCGCCAGCUCCUGCUGCUGAGCAGGCCUAGGGAGGAAGAGAGGGAGCCCAUUGCGUUGACGU